AUGGAUGCCACCAGAUGGGAAUCGUCCCUCUCUUCAUCCCCACUCUCCCAUCUCCCCCCCAUCCCAUUCCAUCCCCCUUUCGCCCAUUCCAUCCCCCUCUCCCCCAUUCCAUCUCCCCCAUCUUCUCCAUUCCAUCUCCCCCAUCUUCUCCAUUCCAUCUCCCCCAUCUUCUCCAUUCCAUCUGCCCCAUCUUCUCCAUUCCAUCUCCCCCAUCUUCUCCAUUCCAUCUCCCCCAUCUUCUCCAUUCCAUCUCCCCCAUCUUCUCCAUUCCAUCUCCCCCAUCUUCUCCAUUCCAUCUCCCCCAUCUUCUCCAUUCCAUCUCCCCCAUCUUCUCCAUUCCAUCCCCCCCAUCUUCUCCAUUCCAUCUCCCCCAUCUUCUCCAUUCCAUCUCCCCCAUCUUCUCCAUUCCAUCUCCCCCAUCUUCUCCAGGAGCCCAGCCGAGUCCCACCAGGUGUCACCCUGCUGCUGCUAUCCUGGCAUCUGCUCACACUGCUGCUCCUGCAGCAUCUGAGACUGCAGCAGCCAGUGCGAGCCACCGGAAAAGCUGCUUACAACGUGAACAUGAAGGGAGCUAUAAGAUCCUGUCGUCCCAUACCUUCCUCCGCUCCACAGUCCUUGAGCUCGACUCUCCCCCGCCACACCUCAUGCGCCCCUCCUGCCGUCACUGCCACUAUCACCACAAUCACCCCCAUUGUCACCGACGCGAUUGCCACCAUUCCCAAUGCCGCUCGCAGACGAGCGAGCAGGAAGGCGGGGGAGCAGCGGCACACAGUAGCUCUCGUUGUGACGCGUCUCAGAACCCGCAAAGUGGAUCCCUCCUGCCCCUCCUCCCUCCUCAUCUCCGUUGACCUUCCACGAUCCCUCGCCUCCCUCCUCCUCUCCUCCCUCCCUCUCCUCAUCGGCUCGGCCCUCUCCCUCGCUCUCUGCACCUCCUCCUACCUCUUCUCUCACUCACUCUCCCACUCCUCCUCUCCCUCGCUCCACACUCUCCCUUCUCUCCUCUCUCUCAUCGCCUCCUCUCCUUGGCCUUCUUUCUCUAGCCCUGUUCCACGCUCCCUCCUCUCCUCGCUCAUAAUCUUCUCUCUCUUGCACUCCCUCUCUCACUCCUCUCACUUUUCACUCCCCCUCUCUCACUCCCAUCCUCUAGAAUUACCCCCCACACACUCAGGAUUCUCCACUCUCCAGGUUCAUUCUGCUGCUUCCUCUUCCUCUCACCCUCUCCCUCUCUACCACUCCCUCCUCUCUCCGCUCCUCCUCUUCCUCCCUUCCCUUCCAAGACUCUCUCCUUCACUCACCUCGUUUCUUCACACACUCACCUCCUCCCUUCACUCCUCCCUCCACUCCACCCUUCCCUCCUCUCUCCGCACCCUCCUUCCCUCUUCUCUCCAAAUCAACCCAAACCGACCACACCAUGCCACGUCAUUCUUACUUUUCCUUGCAUCAGCACGGUGCAUGCUGAGCUGUAUUUUCUCCACGCUGACAUCAGCACUCGUCUCAAUCCUCUUAGCAGUUGUAAUCGCAUCAGCAAUUCUCUGCCUCCUCGUUGCUUUGCUAAAAGUGACCCUUAGCAUCAUCUCCUGGUGUUGCCGCUCCCGGUUUGGUGUAUGGGAAGAUGAAGGCACAAACAUCCGCAUGGGGUAUUGGCCCGCACUCCUCUUCCUCUUCCCCCUCCUUCCGCUCGCCCUCUUCUCCCCUUUCCUCGCUCUCCUCUUGGCUGCUGUUGUUCAAAUCACACGGGCAUCUCAAGCCAAGUCAAGGACUUCCCUCUCAGUGGUAUCAGAGCUUCUUCUGGCCGAUGCCCUCCUGCUGCUUGUCACUGCCCUCUUCCACCUGCCUCCCUUCAUUGCUGUCCUACACGCCAAGGCAUCACUAUCCAUGGCCCCUUUCGAAGACAUCCUGCCCUCCAUAGCAUCACUACUGCUUAUAGUCACUCCACCACUCUGCUUCUCCCAGAACUCCCCCACCCUUCCUUUCAAGCCAGCAGUGUUGCAGCAAGUGGUGUUUUUUGUCUGCUAUCUGUGCGGGGUGGCAUCGUUUGUUUUUUCUCUGUACCUAGUUCCGCCUUUUUGUCUCAAUGUGGUUGCUGUAGUUGCUGUUUCGAGAUUCGUUAUGUACCUCCCCUGUUUGUAA